AUGGCCCCCGGCGGCGGCGGGCGCGCGAUCUCGCAGCAAGCUUUCGAGGAUAUGGUGAGAGAGAACGUGGAGGAUCUCGGGAUGGACCCAGAGGAGGCCCUCGACGACGCGAUUCAGGCGCUCUCUCUCCAGGGCGUCGACCUCUCCGGUCUGCUACCCCUUCCUCCGUCCUGGUCAGUCGUCUCCUGCUCGUCUUACUCGAUUCUGAUCGCUCUGUUUCUCAGGUAUUGUCAAGUGUGUUCCCGGGGUUGCCAGUGCCAAGGACGACCCAGUGCUCCAGGCCGUGGACGCCCUGAAGGAGAUGCUCGCCUCCGGGCUCCCCCAGAAGUCGAAUAUGGGUGAGGUGGUCCGACUGCUCGACAGGUUAAGCGAUCUUUGCUCAUCUGGAGGGGGAGGAAGCGGGCACGAGAACGCGUCUAUUGCUGUCAGAAAUGGCGCAGUGGAGCUGCUCUGCUCCGCAUGUUCUUCUCUCGAGAAUGCGGAGGAGAAUGCCCUUGUGUCGGCUUUAAAGGCAUUGAGCUGUGUUAUUUGCGGUCAGUUACUGUCCUCCCUCUCCCCCUUGGCCAUUUGUUGAGCUGUGUUCGACACCAUUCCCCUGGCACCUCACUCUCCUAGCUGGGUCGCGGCAUAUAUUUUAUUAUUUUGACUUCGAUACGGAUGUCCUCCUGAAAUGAUUCCACUGAAUAUGCAUCGUAUUUGUCAGCAUCCUUUUUCUUCUCUUUGACAUACUGUUUAUGCAAUUUGAUCCCCGGAACCUUCAGCGGAAUAACUUAACCCAUACUUAUGGGUGAUGAUGCAAAGUUUCGUCUGUGCUAUCUUGCAUAACCAAAUAUAAAGCUCACAAUUCUUAGCGGGUUGAUCUUUUUGCGUUUGUCACCCUCAAAUUUGGUUACAAUAUCUUAUUGUUCAUCAUAGACUUGAGGUCAAUUCAUUGUAUCCAUCAUCAUCACGGUAAUUGUAAUUGAAAAGCAUUAUUACAUUUAUACCGUGGAAAAUAUUUUUCUGAUUUUUUUCUUUGUUGUAAGAAAUUAAGUUGAUUUAGUUAUAUUUGCUUCUAAAUUUAUUUAUUGUUUAUUCGUCAAGGUUGUCGUAAAAUAUUUGUUUUGGGUUAUCCACAACUCUAUCGACCCUAGUUUCGUUUAUUAAAUUCUAAAGAUUAUAAACACUUCUAUCCCUGUUUCCCACAUGGGCAUAAAUCUACAGGCAUCUUUAUAAUUACUCUCCAGUGGUUCUAACUUUGGUAUAUAAUUGUGCAGAUAUCAGAAGCACAGAGAUUUUUCAGUGCAAUCAUGGCCCCAAACUUAUCAUGCAGAUAUUGAAUAGAUACGGUCAGAGUGUAAACCUAUUGGAUAGUUGUUUUUCCGUUGUUGCUGCAGCUGCAACUGGCAAUGAGAUUGUGAAAGAAGCUUUUAUGGACUUAAAAAUCGGUGAACUUUUUGUAAGAAAAUUGAAUGCACAAUCGAAAUGUUGCACUGAAAGUAUGUAUGAUGCCAUACGCAUCCUGCUAACACCUGAUGAUCACCGUGUGCUGGCUUCCCAGGUAAGUGUACCCUUACCACUGUUGCUAUUUGUGAUUUAUAUGAUUUCUAAUUUGUUUCCUGUCUAUUAAUUUCGUUUAUAAUAAUGGGAAUCUUAUAUGCCUGUUCCAACAAAUAUUAGAUGUUUUAGAAUGAAUCUUGAGCAUUCUGACCGUUUAAGUCCUAGAAGAUGGGAAGUAAUCUUUCAGUUGCAGCAAUCUGGUUUACAGAUAUUUGAGGCAAAAAGCUAGCAUGCAUAGGGUCCACCAUUUCAUGGACAUCCAUAACUCAUGAUGAUAAGACAUGAUUUCACAUGUUGGCAACACCUGCACCACGCUCUGUUUCUGAUUCAGUGUUCAGCUGAUCUUGAGUUUUUCUUUUGUAAUGGCAUAUUUGAAUGAAGUUCCCUUCUGAUGGGAAUGAAUGUAGCAGUGAAUGAGCUCUUUUUGGGAGCACGAUGUCAUUAUGGAAAGUGGUCUUCCAUCUAGUUUUUUUCCCUUUGUGCCUUGGCCAUGCAAGCUUGCAUCCUAAAUACAAGCUGGUUUGGCAUUUAUCAUGCAUGGAAAUAUUAAAAAUUAUGAUACUGAUGCACAUUUCUCAAGGGGAGAAGUUUUAUUUGUGCUGCUAAUUAGGUUUGUCUGACUUGCUUUGUGAUGCAUAGAGUACUGAUAGUAAAGUAUUACUUAAAUACUUUUGGAACGUUAUUAACAAUGAUCUUACACACCAUGAUUUAUGCUACAAGAACAAAAGAAAAUCUCAAACUUAGUUGUCAUUUUACUGGGAUGUUAACACUUUUCUGUUCUAUUCUCAAAGGAUAGUUUGAUAUAUAUAUAUAUAUAUAUAUUCGCUUAUUUGAUGUAUGAUAAUUAGUUUGCAUUAACAAGCGUUUUAGACAAAUUAUCUGCAUCCGCUUAUGACAUGACCCCUGUACAUAAGAGCAAACAUUGCCUUUAUACCACAUUUCCGCUAUUCUUAUGAAAAUGGAGACAUUUUCAUUUAGAUGUCUUAGCGGUGGAGUAACAGACUUACCUUUUGGUUCUUUGUUAUCUCCUUGUGUAUUCUUCCUUCGCUGAGAUUUAUCUACACUUUCAUUCCCGAAUUUUUUUAACUAGACUGAGGAUGUACUUUGUGCUGUACCAAAAGGAUUGUAGAUUUUUCCAUCAUAGGGCAGUAAUUUUAUUCUUAAUUGUAAGUGGAGUCCUGAAUUCAUACACAACAUAUAUCUUUGGAUAUUUAGGUGUAUGGGUAUGCUCGAAAAUUUGCUCAAAUUGGCAUUUCAGAUGCUCUUGUAGAAGCACUUAAAGAUGGGCUCCAUUCUCCUGGUGUAAUUUCAAUAUGUGUUGCUCUGAAAGCUGUUGCUGUUAAUGUAAGUUUGUUUCCUUCUGAUCGAUGCUGUUACUUUUUAAAGUAGCCCAAUAUUUUCUUCCUACUAUUGAACUAGCUCAUCCAGUAACUUCAUGGUGAACUUUAAUUUAUUACUUUUUUCACUGUAUGUUUCUUCGGAUAACUUUUCCUGCCUAUGUCAGCAGGAGGGAAGCAUAUGAUAUAUUUGAUUUGUAUUCCUUUCUCUGGUUGUUAUAAUGGCAGUCCAUUAAUGUAGUAUACAACUUCUCAUCGCAAAGGAUAUUAUGUGGCAGUAGAAAAUAUCAGAUUAGAAAAAUGGUCAUUUGCUUCUUUCUUGAUAGUGUCUUAUAAUCUCAGCUAAUUUGAUUUGGUUUUUAGCGUGAAAUGGUGAGCAUGUGGUAGGUCAUUAGUAUGGCUUCUCAAUGGGCAUGUAUGCACGACUUGCUAACUGAUAACGGGCAAAUGUUUUGCACAAUUGAUAUAAAACAAUUAAGACGUAUUUUUUAAGUUAAAAAAUAAUAAUAAUUAAUGGUUUACAUUUUUCGUAAAAAAACUAGAGUGAUGCAUAAAGUUAACAUCAAAACGGUCUGUUGGUUUGGUUUUACUUCCAGGUUAUUAGAUGUAUUGUGAUGAGGGACCAAUAACUUUUCAGGCAUUAGGAUGAUCGAAUACCUUCAUAUUUAUCUUAUUAUCCUUUCUUACUAUACUUUGUGUUCUAGUAAAGGUUUUUUCUUUUUGUUAAAAUUCAUUUACUUAAUGAUCGUGAUUCGAAGAUGAAUCGUUGUGAUUAAAGUUCCCUUUAAUGGCGUGCAUGCUAUAUUUUCAUUGUUUCUUUUAUCUUCUUUAGUUUGACUAGACUGCAUAUUUUUUCCGCAACUUCACAUCUUCGUUUUAUAGGAUGAAAUAUGCAGGUCAAUCUCAGAAAAAGGUGGCAUUGAUGCAGUUCUCAAAUGUAUAGUGGAGAGUAGUGAACAAAAUGACAAGGCAAUUGCUAGAAGUUGCUGUUCUCUAUUGUUCAAGGUCAGAGGCCUUGCUAUUUAUCGUUCCUUUUUCGUGUUUGAACAAUUAUCUCGUCAACUAUGCUAAUACGAUGCAGUGUUUGUCUGUUUGAAGUUGGCCGGCAGUGACUCGAACAAGAAUACUAUUGUUCAGAAUGGUGGCCUUGAUAACCUAAUCAAACUUUCGUCAAAAUUUUUUGAUGAUCCAGCUGUUCUACAGGAGGUACCGAAAAUACAAAAAAGCACUCCCGAUGGCAUUAAAUUAUCUAUGAGAGCCUAUUUUUCAUCUAUUUGAGACUUUCAUUUUCCUGCUAUUUUAUUCAUUACGAUAACUGUUUUAUCCAGAUCAUGACUGUUAUCUCUGCGCUGUCUCUGAGGACUCCUGAGAACGCAGCCCGUGCAAUUGAAGCAGGUGCUGGAGAUUUGGCAAUUCAGGCAAUGCGGAAGUUUCCAUCUGCAUAUCAGAUGCAGAAACAAUGUUGUCUCAUGAUCCGUAAUCUUGUGGUGAGGAACCCAGAAAACAGGUGUGUUUCUCUAUUUGACAAAAUCUUACACCGUUUAUAUUGAUCUUAAAGGGAACAUAUGAUGCUAAGAAACGAUGAUUAACGUCCUAUUUGUAGAUCAAUAAUGUCCCCUCCAUCUGUGAAUGCAUCUGUGGAGACGUCUCCAUAAGACCUACUGUUACUGUCCGCUCCCUUUGGUCUAGUGGAGACGUUGUUCUUCAAUCCCUUGAAAUUUUAUUUUAUCAUGCAUGCAGCAUAUUAGCAUGGCGUGGUCUGCAGAAUAUUAUCUUACCCAAUUUUUUCAAGCUUGGUUGUUUGUUCGACGUCAGUCUUAUUCAUCUUUCUUUCUAAGCAUCUUUCAGUGUUGCGCUCGCAUAGGAAUACCAUAUAUGAAGGGACAAAUUAAAACCCAGUGAUAAGAUAAAUGGGAUAAUAAAGUGUGGUUAAUUGGUUUUGACUUUGAUAUGUUCAGAGCAGAACUGCUACUAUCUGCCGCGGUAGCUAAUUCAUGAAGGGAGAAGGUUGACACAGAAGGGCAGAGAAGAUGAUCAAACAAGCAUGACUCUGCAAAUUUUUACGUAGAGAAUGUGCCAUGAUGAAUAGCAACUUUCAAUUUACCUUGCCGCAGUCAAUGUAGACAUUUACUAUUAAUUGAUUGUUUGAACUGGCUAGUUCUAUCUUUGAGGUGAGACAUCUGCUUUGAGGACCAAGCUGAGUUUCAGUUCUAUCUUUAAAGAUAUUAUUACUCAAAUUAGAAUCUCCAUUUCCCAUACUAUUACAGCUGACAUCAUUAAAUUGAUCUCUCUUGUCCUUGUGGCCGUCAUUCUCAUUUUCACCCAUUACUUGAAACUGUUUGAUCCUAGGGAGUCUUGAUGAGCCUAUAUUCGUCUUGUGAUUCUGCAGAACCAUUCUGCUGGGCAAUGGAGUUGAGAGACUCAUCAGGAAGGCCAAGUCCAGCAGUGCGAUCUGCAAGGAAGCUGCUUCUGCAGCGCUGAGAGACCUGUGUCUCGAUGAUUACAACUGA